AUGCGCGUCGCGACUUCUUCCCCGUCCUGGUUUUGCCGCGACAUUUUGCCAGUCUUCUUCCUUGGGCUCGGGCCAAGGGGAGGAAGGGAGGUCGUCGCCGCCGCCACCGCUGCUCGCAGCCAUGGUCUGCCCGUGGAGGAAGAGGGUCGCGCCGCCCUGUGGAUGCUCAGCCAGGUCAAGGAAAGCGGCGAGGAGCGCGAGGAGGGUAAUGAGCGCGGCCAUGGCGAAGAGGUUGUUGGUUCUGCUCCUGCUUGCCAUCGGCCGUCGCUACCAGAGGAUAAGCGGCGCAAGGGAGCACGUCGCACUAGGGGCAGGGGAGGCAGAGGGAGGCUCGGUGGAGGGAGCCCGGCCGCCGCCAGUGGCGGUGCAACCCCAAUGGCGGGCGACGCAAGGGAGCACGUCACAGGCGGGGGAGGCGAGGUGGAGGGGGGCUCGGUGGAGGGAGCCCAGCUGCUGCCGGCGGGGCACGAUGGAGGGCGGAGGGAGAGGCCUGAUAGAGGACUAGUCGGCCGCGGUGGAGGACAAGGCGGCAUGGUGGCCGAAGCUCAGCAGUGGCGGCAUGGGGGGCCGGAGCUUGGCGGCAGCGGCGGGGAGGGCGGCUGUGGCGUCGGAGGCUGA